GGGAAAAAGAAAGGCUCCGGUGCUUAGCAUCGAGCGUCAUCAUCUCCUCAACCAGGAUUGGAGGAGACCAUCGACUCACAUACACGUCACCCACACUGAAUCAAUUCUCUUCGCAAAAUUAUUUUCAAUUUUUUUUAUUCUCUUUUCCCGUUUUCGCCUUCUAUCUUUUUCGAGAAACCUUCGCAGUUUCUGGAUUUUGCUUCCGCGCGGCGUCGUUUUAUCACCGUGAUUAUGGAUGGAUCGAUCCAAGAUGGCAGCAGUGUGGAUUCGUUCUUAAGAAACUACAAGCUUGGGAAGACACUUGGGAUUGGUUCAUUUGGAAAAGUGAAAAUUGCUGAACAUACAUUGACAGGGCACAAAGUUGCUGUCAAGAUCCUUAACCGAAAGAAAAUAAAGAAUAUGGAUAUGGAAGAGAAAGUGAGAAGAGAGAUUAAGAUUUUGAGGUUGUUUAUGCAUCCCCACAUUAUACGUCUGUAUGAGGUUGUGGAGACGCAGUCCGACAUAUAUGUUGUGAUGGAAUAUGUGAAAUCUGGUGAGUUGUUUGAUUAUAUAGUUGAGAAAGGUAGGUUACAGGAGGAGGAAGCGCGCGUGUUCUUUCAACAGAUAAUAUCUGGAGUUGAGUACUGCCACAGGAAUAUGGUAGUUCAUAGAGAUCUAAAACCAGAGAACUUGCUUUUGGAUUCUAAGCACAAAGUGAAGAUUGCGGAUUUUGGUUUGAGUAAUAUCAUGCGCGAUGGUCAUUUUCUAAAGACGAGUUGUGGAAGCCCCAACUAUGCCGCUCCAGAGGUUAUAUCUGGUAAGCUAUACGCGGGGCCCGAAGUGGAUGUAUGGAGCUGUGGUGUUAUUCUCUAUGCACUUCUGUGCGGGACACUUCCGUUUGAUGAUGAAAACAUUCCAAACCUGUUUAAAAAGAUCAAGGGUGGAAUUUAUACACUUCCCAGCCAUUUAUCUGCUUCAGCAAGAGAUUUGAUUCCGAGAAUGCUUAUAGUUGAUCCUAUGAAGCGAAUGACUAUUCCGGAAAUCCGUGCACACCCGUGGUUCCAAGCUCAUCUGCCACGUUAUUUAGCUGUUCCACCGCCAGAUACAACCCAACAAGCUAAAAAGAUCGACGAAGAGAUUCUUCAGGAAGUGCUGAAGAUGGGAUUUGACAGGUCUGCCCUUGUCGAUUCUCUUCGGAACAGGGUUCAAAAUGAGGGUACUGUUACAUACUAUCUGCUGCUAGACAAUCGAUUUCGCGUUUCGAAUGGCUACCUUGGGGCUGAGUUUCAGGAGACUGUGGAUUUUGGUUAUAAUCGGAUGAAUCCAAGUGAGGGAAUAUCAUCUCCUGUUGGUCAACGUUUUCCUGGAGUCGUUGACUACCAACAGUAUGGAGGAAGGCAGUUUCCCGUGGAUAGGAAAUGGGCUCUUGGUCUCCAGUCACGAGCCCAUCCUCGUGAGAUAAUGACGGAAGUUCUCAAAGCUCUGCAAGAAUUGAAUGUCUACUGGAAAAAAAUCGGGCACUACAACAUGAAAUGCAGAUGGACACCUGGCAGUCCUGGUCAGCACGAAGGAAUGCUCAUGAAUACUAUGCACGACAAAAAUUAUUUCGGAGAUGAAUCUGCUAUUAUCGAGAAUGAUGGCAGUAUUAGGUCCCAAAACGUGGUGAAGUUUGAAGUGCAGCUUUACAAAACACGCGACGACAAAUAUUUGCUUGAUCUGCAGAGAGUUCAGGGCCCACAGUUUCUGUUUCUUGAUCUUUGCGCUGCAUUCCUUGCUCAGCUUCGUGUACUCUGAAUUAAUAAUAAUUAUUAGAGUGUGGAAGAAAGAAGUUAAAUGCUGUAUAUAAUUAAUUAAUUAUUGUCAGCUGAGAGCCAAGGCUUCCUCCUCAGAGAUGAAUGUCGGGCCAAGCCGAUAAUUUUGUUUACUCAGCUCGGAGCUGUGGCUUCUGCAACGAGAUUUCACUUCUCAUUUCAUCACUGUAGCUUUUUCUUUUUUCUUCUUUUUCUUUUUCUUUUCCAUGUCACGAAUUUGUUUGACCUUUUAUUAAUUCAAAUAGUUAAUUUUCAUAAUUAAUCGAAAAGAAAUUGUGUAGCUUGAUGCUGCUAAAUGCUAAUCCUCUCCGGCUGCUUUUUUUUUUUUUU